GUCCACGUCAUUUAUCACUCUUCUUCUUACUCUUCCAACUUCAUCCCUUUCUUCCAACACCACAACACUUCCCUCCUCUCUCUCUCUCUCUCUGUCUUUCAAUUCUCUCUCACUACCUGCAUGGCGGCAGCAUGCGCCACCGACUUGGCUCGAGCGGCGGCUUGCCGAGAUGGCGCCGCGGCGGCUCACCUCAAAGUCAUCUCAAUCUUCGUCAUCUUCGUCACCAGCAUGGUCGGGAUGUCGUCGCCGGUGUUGCUAGCCGGAAUAUUUCGCGGCAAGCCGCUCUACGACAGGGCCAUCGUGCUAAUCAAGUGCUUCGCCGCCGGCGUCAUCCUCUCCACGUCGCUGGUCCACGUGCUCCCAGACGCGUACGCCGCACUCGCGGACUGCAACGUGGCGUCACGACAUCCCUGGAAGGAUUUUCCCUUCGCGGGACUGGUGACGCUGGUGGGGGCACUGCUGGCGCUGCUGGUGGACCUCGCGGCGAGCUCGCAUGUGGAGCACGCGCAGUACGCGCCGGUGGUGACGCAGGAGAAGGAGGCGGUGGUGGAACUAGGUGGUUGCCACGGUGGUGUUGGCGGUGGCGAGGGUGAGAAGGUUGAAGAGUUGGUGAAGUUGAAGCAGAAAUUGGUUUCGCAAGUGUUGGAAAUUGGGAUAAUAUUUCACUCAGUGAUAAUUGGGGUUACGAUGGGAAUGUCUCAAAACGUUUGCACUAUUCGCCCUCUCGUUGCUGCUUUGGCUUUUCAUCAAAUAUUUGAAGGCAUGGGUCUUGGUGGUUGCGUCGCUCAGGCAGGAUUCAGCGUUGGAACAAUUGCUUACAUGUGCUUCAUGUUCGCGGUGACAACACCAAUGGGGAUAAUGUUGGGCAUGGCAUUAUUCUCACUUACAGGUUUCGAUGAUAGUAGCCCAAAUGCCUUAAUCAUGGAAGGGUUACUAGGUUCAAUUUCUUCAGGAAUACUGAUUUACAUGGCUCUUGUUGACCUUAUAGCAGUAGACUUCUUUCACAACAAGCUUAUGAACUCAAACCCUCGGUUGAAAAAAGCUUCAUUUGUUGCCUUAACCCUUGGCUCUGCUGCAAUGUCUAUUCUGGCUCUCUGGGCUUGAAAAUUUUGUACCUUGCGCCUAAAUGCGUUUACCCAAAAAAGAAAUUAUGUCCAAUAAUUUAAGUGUAAAUAACAAACUUGUCAGGGAAAGAAUUUAUGGAGCACUACAUAUUACCUCUAACUUUGUUCAUUAAGUGUUAUGUGUAAUGCACGUACGUACAUAUAUAGUUGAUCAUAUUUUCAACUAAAUCUUCACAAUUUAUAG